AGUGAAAAUUUUUUUUUUGAGUUUGUUAUAUUUAAUUUUGUCAAAAUCUAAGAAAUAAAUAGAAAAAUGUACAAUAAAAUGAAUGGAUAUAGUAAUUUUCGAAACUCCAGUGGUGGACGGUUCUUCUCCCAUUCGUUACCAUCGGGAAUCUCAAAUUAUGCAUCACCUUCUUAUGGUAACUUUCAUCAGGACACAGACUUUUCUUCACCAUAUUCAGCACGUGCCCGAAUGUAUGAUCUUCCGUCAAGCAAUACAUUUGGAGCUCCUCAGCAUAUGUCAUCGUCUAGCACUAGCUCUCUAACAGGUUUAGGUUUAGGAGGUGGUGGCAGUGGCGGUGGCACAUGGACAGUCAAUUCAUCUGGAAGCAACGCAAACAACGCAACAACAAAUCUCAUCAUCAACUAUUUACCACAGGAUAUGAAUGAACGUGAGCUACAUUCGCUUUUCUCUGCCAUGGGACCCGUAGAAACGUGUCGUGUGAUGAGAGAUUUUAAGACUGGUUACAGCUAUGGUUUUGCGUUCGUAAACUUUGUUAACGAAGAAGCAGCCAUUCGUGCCAUCAGAUGUCUGAACGGAUAUACGAUACGUGGCAAGCGUUUAAAAGUAUCUUACGCUCGUCCUCAAGGUGAUGAGCUUCGCGAGACAAAUCUCUAUAUAACAAAUCUUCCCCGUACAAUAACUGAAGAACAAUUAGAUAUAAUAUUUGGGAAAUAUGGACACAUUGUACAGAAAAAUAUUCUAAGGGAUAAGCUCACAGGACAACCUCGAGGUGUAGCUUUUGUUAGAUAUAAUAAACGAGAAGAAGCUCAAGAAGCAAUAGCAUCACUCAAUAAUGUGAUACCGCAAGGUGGCAAUCAACCUUUGAUAGUGCGUGUAGCCGAGGAACACGGUAGAGCUAAGGCAGCUCUGUACCUGCCCCAAUACAAUUCAUUCGUGCAAAAUAGAGGUAGAAUGAGAGUUCGUAAUCAACCAUAUUAAGAACUGAAUGACGAAGCAAGGUAUUCAUAACUUUAUCUCAUUUCGAAGUUGUGUGUUCCGAAACAAAACCAGUUCUUAAUAUGAUUGAACAUAAAUAUAAAUAAUAAAUAUUUAUAAAACGUUAUUUUUAAAUUCUUAAAGAUUUAUUUUAAGCUUUUCCAAUUGUACAUUUAUUAAUUCAUUAGAUUUUUUUCUCAUGAGCGAAUUGAAAAACAAAACUCCCCAAAUUUUAUUACAACAUUCAUUUCGCUUUUUCAAUCUUAUUUGGUUUUUAUUUAAUGACUUGCAUUAAUUUAUGUUAAUAUUAUUUUUCAAAUUCAUCUUUUAAUCAAGAUAGUACAUAGUGGUAUUAUUAUUUGAUAAAUUACUUUCACUUAAAUAUCCUUUCCUCUAAGCCAAGUCAAUUUACUUAGCUGGAUAAUUGAAAUUGAAAGUUCAUUAAAAGAAAAACGCUUGUAAUAAAAUCUGUUGAAACAAUAUGGGGAAUAUUUAUAGAAAGCAUUUUCAUAAUAGAAUGAAAUGCAGUUUUGAAUGUUAGUGAGUACAAUGCAUCAGCUAUCGGUAGGUUUCAUCACAGCAAAACACUCAAAUUAUUGACUUUAUUUGUUCUUUUACGUUUCAUAUUUGAAGUUUCAAUUUGAUCACGAAAUGAGUUGCGAUAAUCAUACUGUUGUACUUGAACGUUAGUUAAUUCAAUUGCAAUCAACUCAAGACAACGAAAUAAUAAAAAUGUUGGUUUCAAAGUGUUCUUUCUGAUUUUUGGAAAUUUUAAGGAUUAUUUGAAAUCAUUCUUUUAAUUCGUUUCAUACAAUUUGUCUCUAAAGUUUUCAAUUUUUUUAUCAUCUCGUUUUUUUAUGAAUUCUAAAUUCUUUCACAUAUAAGUACAAAUGUCGCAUAUUCCAUAAACUUUUGCUUAACUGAUAGUUAACUGCGGGAUAUCUCCAGCUUAUUGAGGAAUAGAAAAACAGUUCAAAAUAAAGUAGAAAAAAAUAAAUGUGACCUUAGUACUUGUUACUUGCAAUAAAUUAUUGUGGGAAUAUAAUGUGUCUGUCAGUAAAAAAAAUGAUGAGCACUUCUUUCAAUACAUUAUAAACCUUUAAUUAAUAUAAUCUCUUACAAAAAGGAUGUUACAUAUUAGGAAUAGAAAUUAUUGUCUAC